AUGUUCCGACCCGUACUAAGAGCAGCUCGAGUGUCUCCUCGUCUCUCCAGGCAGUUCCAGCUCAGUGCGCCUAGAAGAAUCAUCAAUCCAUUGUUGCCCUUCGAUGUCUUGGAGGAAUUGCAAGACGAUGAGAGUGAUGAGAACAAAGAUCUUAAGAAGGACAAGAAGCGACUCAUCCAGCAGAAGAAAAAAAUUGUGAAGAAGUACAACGACGAAAAGCAGAAGAAUGACGACAAGGGCAAUGGAGCGCCUUCAACCGUAACCAAAGACAUCACCACCGAGGUGCAGGGACUAGGAUGGACAGAAAGCGUCAAUGCUGGAGGAGCUGGUGGAGGCGGAAGUGGAGGUGGCGGAAGUGGAGGUGGAAAUGGACCGCCAAAUAAAAACGAAGACGAAGAGCACAAGCGUAGAAAGGAAGAGGAAGAACGUAAACGGGAGGAAGAGGCAUUGGAAGAAGAAGGAGAGAACUUAGAGGAAGAGGAGGGGCCACAAUCAAAGUUCAAGGAGACCUUGGAGAAGCUUGGGCGGUUUCUUUUCAAAUGUUUAGAAACAAUUGGCAUCACAUUGAGCUCUGUUGGCAUUCUAGGACUCUCUGGCUACUUGUACCACCAAUUCUACAACCGACACGUUUUGGAGAAAAUGAGCGAGGCUUUCCAAAGCGGCGACCCAGCGUAUCAAUUGGCUGUUCACAAAAAGACCAACAAGCGCCCGGAGGCGGAGGAAGAUGACAACACUGAGGACGACUUGUCUGCCUUCUGGGUUGAUCGGCCCCAGCAGCGGUUGCUAGAUGACAUCAUGUCAGGGAAGGUCAAGGGGAGAUAUUUUCUUGUAGUUGGCGAGAAGGGCACGGGCAAGACGACGUUGAUCAUGGAGGCCAUGAAAAAGAUCGACGGGCGGAACGUUGCCAUUUUCGAUGCCCACGCAGACCCGGAGAUUUUCCGGAUUCGGUUGGGGAGAGCGUUGAAUUUCGCCUAUUCUGAAGACUACAUUGGUUCCUUGUUUAGCAUGAGAGGACCUCGUGACACCACUGCCCUUUUGGAUAUUGAGAGAGCCUUUAAUAAGUUGGAAACACUUGCAAUCGAAAGGAGAAUGCUGGGCAAGAGUGAUAAGCCGUUGAUUAUGGUGAUCAAUAAUCUGCACUUGAUCAAGGAAAACGAAGAGGGGAUUAAAUUAUUGGAGCUUCUCCAGCAGAAAGCAGAGGGGCUUAGUGGGAGUGAAUUGGUGACCAUGGUGUUUAAUUCAGACGAUUACUGGGUAUACGAGAAGCUCAAGCGAUUGGGCACAAGACUCGAGCUUGUCCAUGUACGAGAUUUCAAUCGUCACGAAACAGUCAAGGUGCUCCAAUUUAUUCGUGGCAAGUUCUGGCCCCUGACGAAGUACCCUGAACUCAAGCUCGAUCCGAAACUCUGCCAUAAAGUGUAUGAUUUGAUUGGUGGGCGUCCUCAGCACAUCAGUCAAGUUGCCAGGCACAAGGAUGUGAUUGAGGCAUGCAAUGAGAUAAUCGACCGGGAAAAGACGUGGUUCCUUAAUCAGUGCGGUCUUUUGGGAGAGGACAUGGACGACGAUGUCAUGGAGUUUGGCAAGUUUGCAACGAGUGCAAUGCUCCUCAUGCGGGCUUUUGUGGAGAUGGACCGUCAGCGAAUGAACACGCUUAUCCAGUCGAAAGCAAGUGAUGAGGAUGUAGUGUUAGAGCAUCAUGAAAACCACCAUCUACCUGAACUUCCCCUCUGGAGAGCACGGCAAAUCAUGACCCGGCCAGAUUACAUCCAGCUGUAUGACAACCUCAACAUUUUCACGGUUGACUCUGAUUCACGAGUUCGGGCCGACUCAGUGCCCAUGAUGCGAGCGUUCCAUGAAAUAGCAUCGCAGCCUCACUUUGACGAGCUUCUACAAAACACUGCCGAGAGAGUUGCAGCCAUUGAGUCUCUUGGGCGGACGCGAGAAUUGGUGAUGAAGGAUUUGGUUCAUGGCAACCGGUACGAGAUAACCAAGAAAGGCGAGAGUUUUGGCGUCACCAUGGACGAAAAGAAGAACGAUGAGGAGGAAUGUGAAGACCAAAUGCUUAUGGAAGAAGUGAGCAAGAGCGAACAUCGCAAGAAGUGGUGGGAGCGACGCAUGGGCUCGUUUGACGAGCUGUACAUGCCCCGGGAGCCCGACGCUGGGGAUAGUAGACAGGCAUAA